GAGCAGCUGUGGCGAACAGUAAAAGAAGAGGGUGUGCGUGUAAACACAGAGGGGAAAGCCAUUUUUGACAAUGACCUUUGUUUGUAGAUUAAAUCGUUAUGUAUUGCACUCUUAAAGGUUAAGAGGUAGGGUCGGUUAAUGGGUGCAGACACCCUGAUAUCAUCGGAACAGACAGAAACGUCUUCCCGGGUGCUGUAUUCUGUACAAAAUGGAGGAGGAGGGGGAGGGGGAAGCCUUAAGAAACCACUGCAGAAGAAUGAUUUCUCUUCUCCGAAACAAACAGCAGCAACCCGAGUUCUCAGAGGAAGAGGAGGAGGAGAAACUCAAACACAAAGGAGCCAGGGGGAGGGAGAGGACUGAAUGUGAAAGACAAGUUGUAGCCUGGGACGAGUUGAGAGAGAGGAAGCUCCCUCUCUCAGGCUGCUCUGAACGAGAGAGAGAGCAAACCUCCCUCAGUCUCUUGUGUCAAGGUCCUGAAGUCCGGCCGGUCCCCCCUCAACUCAUUCCAAUGCUGAGGCUCAAAACCUUCAAAGAGCAGAUGAGACGGGCUGCAGAGGUGGAGCUCCAUGAUCCCGCUGUCUGCAGUGUGUGUGAGCAGGAACAGGCUCAGCUGGCCUUGAAAAGUUUUAUCAAGAGGAAGAAGACACAACUGCAGUUCCAAACACUGAAGGUCAGACUAAACACACACUUGAGUUAUGGAAGUUUGUGCCACCUCUCCCAAAGCCCAUCGAUGCCCCUCGCUGGAUUUGGGAGGAACUACUCGGUGGAGAUAUGCGGGUCACAGCAACCUGGGGUUGCCUUAGCAACGACUGAGGAACGUGGAGUUGCCCUGGCAACAGAUGAAAUGAGGGGUUACCCUGACAAAAACGCGACAGGAACUCAUUCAGCAAGCCCUCACUGUCCUUUUUCAGACAGAUAGCUGCAGACAUGAUGGGCACAGUACUAAUACAAUGAGAGGGACAAUGUUGUGGUGGGGUGUAACAUAUUCCUUCCUCUUUAUUGUGACACAGGCUAAACUCACCCAGCCGCCUAUUAAACACUGAUCCGUAUGCCGAUGGUGGUGUCCUCGGUUAGCCUGCUUAGCUGCAGCUGUGUUUAUGUCCACACCGCUAAAUACCAGAAACAAAUGUCCAGCCUUUGUUUUGAGUGUGAAAAAGGUACAUGCUAACAAGGUUACAAAACAGCCAUUUAUUUUCUUAUUGUAUUAAAGUUAAACACACAACACUAUUCAAGAGCAAAUGAGUGUGGCCCUUUUUUCUCUCCAGUUUGUGGUCACUUGAACACUGUUAACAUUAAAAACAACAUUGUGUUUAACUUAACUUAGCAAUUAAACCUAUUCGAUUUUUAUAUUUGCACAAAAAAUACACAACAGACAGCCAUGGAAGCACGCAUGCAUUGCAAAAUAAAAAAAUAAAAAGUA